CUGAAGGAAAUGAAAAUUAAACAAGCCAAAAUUCUGGUCUCUUGCAAGAAAGGCAGGCACCGGUCGCGUCAGUUCGGUGUAACUUUUUCGUGUCAAUCAUCACAGUCGCAGUAUUUAGGAAAUGUGAAAAACAAUGUUAGCAGAAAAUUCUUCACGAAUCCUGAAAAAUGGCAACGAGAGCUGGUGUGGAUCGAACCUACGAUCUCAAGAACUUCAAGAUUCGUUCAAGGAGGUUUCCCAGGAUAAAAGUUUUGAAAAUCAUUGCAUGGCGUUGUCAGACUUAGCAGAGGACGUGGUCGUACGCAUUUUAUCCUUUCUUUCGCCGGCUGAGAUCGCAGCCUGCUGUUGUCUCAGCAGGCGGUUUCAUGGCCUCUGCACAGAUGACCGUAAGGUUUGGAUGGCCAUGUGUGAGAAGCGGUGGGGAGCUAAAACGGACGUGAAGAAAUGGGGAAAUGUGAAAAUUAGUUACAUGGUACUGUACCAGGUUUUAGAUAAGUGGGAUAAUCUGGUGGGCUUUUGGCGAGGAGUCGGCCGUGGGGGGCAUGGACCCCUUGUUACUUUUGACUGGGGACAUAAUUGUUUAAUCGGUACCAGAAUAAUUCCAGUUAGACCUGGCAGCUAUGAGGUCCGCAAGGUGCCCUUUCUGUGGUUGGGAGUUUCAUCCCAUGGUAAGGGUUUGUGUUUUAUUGACCCUGAUUGGAUACUGGAUUCUGCAAUGGGCAAGAUAUGUGGAACUGAAGGUGGGUCUCAACUGUUUUCUGGUUUGGGCAAUGGUUGUGAUACUGGGUCAGUGUUGUUUUCUGGUUUUGGCAAUGGUUCUGAUACUGUGUCAGUGUUGUUUUCUGGUGUAGGCCAUGGGAUCAAUGGUGGGUCUGCGUCAUUGGCCGUUUUGGAUGGUGGGUUGGAUCCAAGAAUGGGUGGUGGAGUGGGAGCAAGAAGAAUCAGGAACCCUUUUGAGAAUUGGGACGCGGUAGAGGAGGAGGUGCCAGACGGAUUGCUGCCGGUUAAGGUAGACUUUGUUGGGAAGUGUCACAUUGCCGUGGAAGAGAAUGGAGAUGCUAAUCACAAUUGGUCUAGGAACUGUCAGUUGGGAAGAAGUAGCAGUUGUUGGGAUUUGUCGAAGAAGAAAAGCAAGGAAUUGUUGGAAGAUGGGGACUCCUAUGGAAGCCUUCCUGAUCGAUUGCAGGCUGAGAUUUAUCAGUACUUCGCAACCAAAGUCAGUCUGGGAGGGGAUAGAUCUGCGAGAAAGCAGAGGAGGAAGGAGAAGGAGAAGGCGAGCCACGGGAGGAGAAAAUGGGAAACAGAACAUUUUGUUAAGGUUGUAAAUUGUCAUCCCACUCCUGCUCGUCCCUUGCAGGGCCUUUGGAAGGGUAUUUCUGAUUCUACGGGCCUGGAAUUUAUCCUUGUAUCAUAUAAUGAGUGCGGUGGAAUAGUCUGCAAAAGAGUUGGGGGAUAUUUACAAAAUAUCUCAGGCUAUGAUUCAGUUUUUUGGACAGCAGAUUCUACAUCUUCUGCCGGUCUAAAUUUUUCAUCUAAAGAGGAGGAAUUAUACAAUUGUCGGACACAUAUAAGACCCAUGAAUGACAUUAAGACGGAUAUCAACAACUGCACUCAAUAUGACGAGGUAGAAGUUACUCGAGUCCUUUUCAUUAAUUCCGAUUCUGCUGGAUUUAGACAUGGCAUCAGUGUUUCUGCUGUAAGUAACAAGGAAGGCAGGCUUUGGCAGUAUGCUAAUGGAAAAUUUGGCUUCGGUUUCCUCUACAGUAACUCUAUUAUAGACUUCAUGCAUAUUGGUUCAAGCAGUCAUCUUCUUGAUGUUGUUGAGUGAUUAAAAGAUUGUUGGUUUCAUUCAUUAAAUAAGAAAGUCAAAAUUCUUGAGAGAACUCCUUGAAGUUCAGCAAUUAGCAUGGACAAGAAGAUAUCAAAUUAUUGUAACUUCUAUUAUUUGACAGACAAAUUAUUCAGUGUUUCCAUCUUGUAAGGUAAUUUUAAGUCACAGACGAAAUUGUACAUACUACAGACUUUGGUGGCCAAAUUAGCUGCUCAGUUGUGGAAUUUCUCUUGAUUCAAGCAUUCCGAAGAGCAUUUAUUAUACAAGUCUCUUCUUGCAUUAUCAAAGUUUUUAAUUCAGCUUGAUGUAGUUAUAAGGGCUACUUCCUGUAUUCACCAUCACUCUUCAUCCCUUCCAAUCAAAAGCAUCUGUAUUCAUGAAUGUAAGGUACUGGGAGAAAUACAUCUUUGGAGAAUAUGCUAGUCUGCAAGGGAUUAGAGGUUUCAUGAAUGAAUGAAUGAAUAUUAUUAACAACAUCCAUGAGGCCAAAUGGUGGGGUAGCCUUUACGUGCCCAUGUUCUAAUCUUCUUGUGUUAUGCUUAUAGUGCACCACAUUUUCAUGAGGGCUACCUUAUCCUCCUAAUUUUCUUCUACGGAAUGACGAAAAGGUGACACGUGUAUUCUGUUAGUAUGCCUCAUGAUUAAUUACAUUUUAUAAAUAAAUUUAGAUUUGAUGGUUGCGGCGUGGUGGGCUAAAGAUCAACGACUCCUGCAUCUCUACGAGACCACAAUGAUGGGUCCCAAUGAAGUCUUGUAGAAUUGUGUGAUUGGCUUCUUCCGUUUGGGUCCACUUGUCUUGUAUUGGAAUUUAAACCAAUAUGGUUAGCUCUUAUUGGGUUGACUAUUUUUCAAAUUUGAUCAGGGAUUGUCAAAGCAAUCUCGCUAGUUGGGUCUACCAAUGAAGAUCAAGAUCAAUGGUUAAUAUUCAAAUUGUUAUAAGGAACAACUAUAUUCUAAUU